AUGCCUCAGUUUAUAGUUAAAGUAAAAUGGGGCAAGGAACUCUUUUCUAAUGUAGAGGUGAAUACCGAGGAAGAACCGAUGUUGUUCAAGGCACAGCUCUUUGCCUUGACCGGGGUUCAACCCGAGAGACAAAAAGUUAUGCUGAAAGGAAUGACAUUGAAGGACGACGAUUGGGGCAACUUAAAACUGAAAGAUGGUGUCACGGUACUUAUGAUGGGUUCCAAAGAAGAGGAUGUACCUACAGAACCAACGGAAAAGCCGCUGUUCUUAGAGGACAUGAAUGAAACUGAAUUGGCCACAGCUUUGGAUUUGCCAGCUGGUUUACUCAAUCUGGGAAACACGUGCUAUCUGAACGCGACUGUACAAUGUUUAAAGACUGUACCCGAAUUGCGGGAAUCUCUAAAGCUUUUCCCAGGUGGCUGGGCGGCAGCUGCUACUAUGUCAUUACCUGCGCAAAGCAUAACCGCAGCAUUAAGGGAUUUGUAUGACAAUAUGGACAGGGGAACGUCCAGAGCUCCUCUCGUUCUGGUUCAAAUGUUGCAUUUAGCCUUCCCGAGAUUCGCGGAGAAGACCGAGCAAGGCGUGUUUCAGCAGCAGGAUGCUAAUGAAUGUUGGACGGAGUUGAUCAGGAUGUUACAGCAGAAAUUGCCUGCAAAGUGUAAUCCAGAUGUAUCCGAAAACGAUACUGAAGCAUCCAAAGUACAAUCGUUCAUUGAACAAUACUUUGGUGGCAUAUUUGAUUUCGAAUUGAAAUGCACCGAAUCUGAAGAUGAGCCAGCGACUACUGGGAAAGAGGAAUUCUUGCAGCUGAGUUGUUUUAUUUCAACCGAUGUCAAGCAUAUGUACUUUGGACUUAGAAAUAAAAUGCAAGAGCAAAUCACGAAAAUGUCCCCGACGCUUGGAAGAAACGCCGUUUAUACAAAAACAUCAAAAAUUAGCAGGCUACCAGCGUAUUUAACCAUACAAUUCGUACGAUUUUACUACAAGGAAAAGGAAGCGAUUAAUGCGAAAAUUUUGAAGGAUGUGAAAUUCCCCUUGGAAUUCGACGCUUUUGAAUUGUGUAGUCCCGAGCUUCAAGGCAAGCUUACUCCGAUGCGCGAGAAAUUCAAGGAACAUGAAGAUUCCAUGAUGGAGGAGUCUUGUAAUGCGAAAGACAAGAAGGAUAAGGAAGACAGCUCGAAGAAAAUGAAGCAGGAGCCAUUCUGGUUUAAGAACGAUCUGGGCUCAAACAAUAGCGGUUACUACAAGUUACAAGCAGUUUUGACGCACAGGGGACGUUCCAGCAGCAGCGGUCAUUACGUCGCCUGGGUCCGGCAAAAGGGUGACACGUGGAUGAAAUGCGACGACGACGUUGUUACCGCAGUCACCAGCGAGGAGGUUUUGAAGCUGAGCGGAGGUGGCGAUUGGCAUUGCGCGUACGUGCUUCUGUACGGGCCGAGAAUUUUAGAAGUACCCGACACGGAGAACAGCGAGGCUUAACUGUGUCGAAUGGUCAUUUUUAAAACGGUGAAGAAAGAUACGCUAGACAAGAAAUCGCUUGCGUUGCUGUACUGAAUACCCAUUUGUUUUUGUAUCAACCGAUAUCGAACGACGUCGUUGAAGCAUCGUUGUCACUACCGUGCUACCAUGUUAUCUCAUGUGCAGGCAAUAUUUGUAAUUUGAAUAAUACCUUCAGCACACGAACUAAUAA